CCAAUGAGAUCAGGAUGAAGUCAAGAAGUUUCUGUCUCCAUUAUCUACGCAGAAAGCUGCUUCCAGAGAAGACAGAACCAUCAACAACAGGUUCAGAUGUGGAACCAUCAACAACAGGUUCAGAUGUGGAACCAUCAACAACAGGUUCAGAUGUGGAACCAUCAACAACAGGUUCAGAUGUGGAACCAUCAACAACAGGUUCAGAUGUGGAACCAUCAACAACAGGUUCAGAUGUGGAACCAUCAACAACAGGUUCAGAUGUGGAACCAUCAACAACAGGUUCAGAUGUGGAACCAUCAACAACAGGUUCAGAUGUGGAACCAUCAACAACAGGUUCAGAUGUGGAACCAUCAACAACAGGUUCAGAUGUGGAACCAUCAACAACAGGUUCAGAUGUGGAACCAUCAACAACAGGUUCAGAUGUGGAACCAUCAACAACAGGUUCAGAUGUGGAACCAUCAACAACAGGUUCAGAUGUGGAACCAUCAACAACAGGUUCAGAUGUGGAACCAUCAACAACAGGUUCAGAUGUGGAACCAUCAACAACAGGUUCAGAUGUGGAACCAUCAACAACAGGUUCAGAUGUGGAACCAUCAACAACAGGUUCAGAUGUGGAACCAUCAACAACAGGUUCAGAUGUGUCUAAUAUAAAACCUAUUAAUGUACAAGAAGCAUUCAAUCUGGUGCCUCAACUGCCCUCAGAGACAAGGAACCAGAGGACGGGGCUAAGAGACAAGGAACCAGAGGACGGGGCUAAGAGACAAGGAACCAGAGGACGGGGCUAAGAGACAAGGAACCAGAGGACGGGGCUAAGAGACAAGGAACCAGAGGACGGGGCUAAGAGACAAGGAACCAGAGGACGGGGCUAAGAGACAAGGAACCAGAGGACGGGGCUAAGAGACAAGGAACCAGAGGACGGGGCUAAGAGACAAGGAACCAGAGGACGGGGCUGGACAUGCUGAUGCAGUAAAACAAUCUACUGAAUCUACUGACACAGUAACAACCAUUCUGCCAUCUAGUGGACACAGUAACAACCAUUCUGCCAUCUACUGAACACAGUAACAACCAUUCUGCCAUCUAGAGGACACAGUAACAACCAUUCUGCCAUCUAGAGGACACAGUAACAACCAUUCUGCCAUCUAGUGGACACAGUAACAACCAUUCUGCCAUCUAGUGGACACAGUAACAACCA